CUCUCUUUCAGCAUCUGCUUCGACAGGGAUUUCAGAGCCUACGUGCAGGCAGACAUGAGCAAUUACUGCUAAAAGUUUGGCAACGAGUCCCGAUCCAUUCAAAUCUGAGCAGACUCCGGUCUGAGCCGGGCGGAGGGGAAAACGAUGCUCCCGAGAGGCUUGUGCCUGGCCUUUGUCACCCUGGCGCUGGUGGAGGCUCAGUACGAGAAGUACAGCUUCAGAAGUUUCCCCCAGAAGGACGUCAUGCCUCUGGAGUCGGCGUACAACUACGCGCUGGAGCAGUACUCCGCGCAGAACUGGGCCGAGAGCGUCAAGUACCUGGAGCUGAGCCUGCGGCUCCACCGGCUGCUGCGGGACAGCGAGUCCUUCUGCGGCCGCAACUGCAGCUCCGUGAGCCGGGAAGACGGGGCUCCGCUCCCGGACGGCAGCCUCCGCGUCGUGCGCCACAUCCUGCUGAGGGCUGCGUGCCUCAAGCGGUGCAAGGCAGACUUCCCCGUCUUCAACAUCUCCUAUCCGCAGCGGGACAUGCUGGACACCUUUGAGAGGAGGAUACCGUAUCGGUACAUACAGUACGCCUACUACCAGCUCAACAACUUGGAGAAGGCUGUGGCCGCAGCUCACACCUUCCUGAAGAAGAACCCCAAGGAUCCGUCUCUGUCCAAAAACAUGGACUACUACAGGACGCUGUUCGAGGUGGACGAGUAUCUCAUCGACCACGAGGAGCAGCCCUACGAAAGUGUUUUCCUCAAGAGCGUGACGCUCUACAACAACGGGGACUUCAGCAGCAGCGCCAGAAACAUGGAGCAGGCCAUCACGCAGUACUUUGAGAUCUACAACCUCUGCUUGGCCGGGUGCGAGGGCUCCUACGAGAUCUUGGAGUUCAAGGAUUUCUACCCGACUCUGGCAGAUCUCUUCAUCGACGUGCUGAAAUGCAAAGUGAAAUGCGAGGACCACCUGAUGCCCAACGUGGGAGGCUUCUUUGUGGAGAAGUUUGUGGCCACCAUGUAUCACUACCUGCAGUUUUCCUACUACAAACUGAACGACGUGAAGAACGCGGCCCCCUGCGCCGCCAGCUACAUGCUGUUCGACCCCGGGGACCAGGUCAUGCAGCGGAACGUGGCCUACUACCGCUUCUACCGGGAGCAGUGGGGCCUCAAGGAGGAGGAUUUCCAGCCUCGGCCCGAAUCCCUGCGGUACUUCAACCAGACAACCAAGCAGAAAGAGAUGCUGAAGUUUGCACUGAACUACCUACAGACAGAUGACGAGAGUGUGGUAUGUGGCUGGGAGGUGUCGGCCUCUGGGACUGCUCCACAUCCAUUUAAGUCGGGUCAGCCCCUCCCAGCUACCGACACACUGCCUGGACCUGAAGGGGGAGGAGGCCUGAGAGAGUUCAGGCUGAAUUACAGGGAUGUGGUCAGUCCAGAAGAAGCGGCAACCUCCCGCUCAGAAAAUCCCGACUCUGAAUUCGAGGGGAUGGGGGACUACGAGGAGUCCUUCCUGGCUGAUUGGUGGCAGGAACCCAAAACUAAGUGGGACACUGGAGAGAUUGCAGACUGACAUUUCUCUCAAACCUUAACUGACCUCUUGUGACAACACACCAGAGACCUUUCCACAAGCAGACCGCCUCAUUCCAACUCAGUGAAGCAGAUCAAAUGGACUAAACCAUUCUCUUUUUCACUCUUUUGCAGCAUCCAUUAUGUUGAUCAAGUUCAGAGAUUGACAUAUUCAGUCUUGGGCUGCCAUCAGCCUCUUUUUAUAUCUAUGCAGUUUGUCAUUUGCUUGUAUCCUGAUACAUGCUGAUGACUUUUCUAACGUUUUAUCUAACUUUAUUUAAUGAAAGUUGAAUUCCUUUGUGCUGCGAUUUAAGGAGGGUGACGUGUAGCUUUUCUUGAGCAGUUAAUAAAAUAUUGUUUUGAUAUAA